AUGUCCGCAUCAGCGGCCAACCAGAAUCUGCCGAACUCCGAGGAAGCCGCCGGCUCAAGCUACAGCGGCUUGUUCGGCUUGGAGGACGACGCGGACAGCCGGAGCGAUGUCGACGAGUUCGAGGGCGAGGAUGGCGAUGAUACACAUGGAGACUCGAAAUGGGCGUACCAGUAUUGGCAAGUAGAAGGUUUCCAUCAUCCAGCCUUUCUUGGCGAUGCCUACCAUCCUGGUCCUCAUCAUCCAUCCACCUCUCAUCAACCGAUGACCCCUGGUCGCAGCCAAAACCCAACCAAGAAACGCAUCCCCCCAUUCAAGGAGCUCAAGGGCGUGACCGCAUACGACAUCUCUGCGAGAAGGUUCCACGAUGACGAGAGCUAUAUCAGCGACUUCAACCCACAGCAUUCGCCCUCCAUCCCCGCCCAUCACCAUCCCGCCGAGCUGAGACCCGAGGAGAAGGAACGCUUCGAAUGGCAGGAUAUGCUCACCAACGUCCUGACCGGCGAGGUGCUCAGGACGGAGAAGACGAGGAUCUCCGAAGUCUCCGGAGCUAAGGAUACCAGCAUGCGCCAGCAGGACGCCUCGAGGAUGUCCGACAUCUGGGUCGGACUCCGUGCCUACCUGCGCUGCCGAUCCAUGGCCGACGAGCAACGCUAUCUAGAGGAUGCCCGGCUGCAGAUGGACCAGGUCCUCGAGGACGUCCGCAAGUUCAGGGUAUCCUCCAGAAUCCCAAAGGAUGAGGCCAUCCAACGGGUCCAGUCCCUGCUCCUCAGAGUCGAUUGGUGCGAGACCCUCUAUCCUUCAAACAAAUCCCUCGGAAGGGAACGCCCAGCCUGGAAAGAACCUGAGAUCGUCUCGAAGCUCGAAACUCUGCGCUCAUGGGAUAACAACGUACGGGGGCUCAGAGUCCAGAUCGGAAUCCUACAGAAAUUCAUGCGUGCAGACAAGCUCGAUGUCAUCCAUCCCAACCUACCACAGUCAUCGCCAACCUCAUCCUCACUCGAUCCAGCUAACCAAGCCUCAUCAUCAUCACCUCCGAUCGACUCCGAUCCACAGGCCCCAUCCCCACCCAACUCCCAGCCAAACAACACCGGCCCAGCUAAUUCGAAACCAUCCAAACAACUCUUGGAACCUUCGACGUUUGUCGAAAGAAUCUUGCAGGAAGGAUCAGUCAAUCGGCUCUUUGCACAAAACACCUUCGAUAAUCUGAAUCGGUUGAUCAUCAAGGCCAAGGAGACCAUGAUCAAAUUCCUAACCUCCUUCGAGACCUUCAGAUUACCAUCCUAUCGAGACGACCUCUUAGUCCUCGCCAACUUUGCGCCCUCUCUGAUGCAAGAAGUGCUGAGGAUUCGGCUCCAAAACGUGAAGCUCUUACGAAGUGAUCUCUCAGAACUCCCGCCGGUCCUACUCCAACAGCUGACCGAUGAUUUCCGGACGAGCUUGACUCAUGCCACUGCCGUCAAAAAGUUCUGGAUGGAAAUCAUGAAGGCUGAGACGAAUUGGGACAUGUGUUUACCUGAGGCCGAACGCCAAGCUUUUGACGAGACGCUGACGAACGCCUUGAAGUUUUUUUUCAGGCUGUUGAACACUCAUAUCCUAACCGGCAGUAAUAAAACCUUAGACUCCAAAGAUACUGAGGUCGUCGAAGGCGAAUGGAGUUUUCUCAAAUCUGCAGUGGCUGAGAUCGAAGGGGGCGAUGUACUGUUGGGUGAACAUUACAGCACACUCACUCAUCGGCUGAUGUCACGGGUUCAUCAUUUCUUUGACACCAAUCUAGACAUUGCUGAGCGACGAUUGAGCGCACGGAAGGUUAACGUUCCAGAAUUAGUGAGGUGGAACGAGCUCAUUCUGUCCUCCCUUCGUCAGCGGCAUCGGAAGGUCCUCCGGUUCAGUCGGACUAUCCUUAGCCGGUUCGAAAACUCGGCCGAGUAUGCACUCGAGAAAUUCUCGAUCGAUCUCAGCUUCUUCGUCGGUGGCCUCAACGAAACCAACCACUUCUUAAUCUACACCGGCAACUUCGAGCGCGAUGGGAUCUAUCUCGUCGGCUCUCCCUCGCUCUCCCAACGUCCCGACAUCGUCUCCGCCCUGCUCUCCAAAUGUUUCCAUAUCCACACCCAGCCGGACUACGAACCGCCACUGACACGAAACAGUAAGACCCCCGAUCUUCCACAAACCGAUGGAUUCCAGCCUGAGCACUUCACACCAACGGGCAAUCCAGCAAACGACGAGACGGCCUCGAUCCACGGGGCACACUCGAAUGGGAAGGUCAACUAUCCCCAUUACAUCCUCAUCCUCUCCCCUCGUGACCCAUUCAUGUGGACCGGACAAGUGAUGAACAUCGAUCUGCCCAAGGUCGAGCUCGACGUUCGUGACCAUCGAGUCAGGCUGGUUGCCGAUGGACCCGGCCAACACCUCUAUCUAGCCAAGUCAGCCUUCCUUGGCACCUUCCCCGCCUUUCGGGCACUGACGGUCGUCGACCAGAAGGCCCAUCUCUUCCGCGUGAACCGGGAGAUUAAGAAGAUCAAACGGGCGAGCUACCGGAUGAGCGAGACGGUCAUCAAAAGCGUCGAUCGGAUCAUCCUUGCCGUCAAGAAAGCCCCAGGCUCAGAGCCGCUCCUGUCAGCCUACUUCAACUUCGCCGCCGAACUUUCCGAACGAAGUAUGCGGUAUAUGGAGAAAGCAAUCCGAGAACGGUACACGGCUCUGUUGAUCCAGUUCGGGAUCAAGUGGAUCUCGUUCGUCUCUGACGAUUGUAAGACGGACGACCUGAAGACCUUCAGGGCGGCCGUGAAUGCGCUGGAGUUUGUGAUGGAGAAGACGAAGGAUGAUAUGAUUUUAGAGCUGAGUGACGAAGAGUUCGUUCGAUUGAGGUCAAAGGUGGCCAGUUGUAUGUCACUCCUGAUCUCCCAUUUCGACGUGCUUGGGGCCCGGAGCAAGGCGGAGGCCAAGCAGCAGAAGGAACGGCUGGAUGCCCAGCGCCAGGAGAUGAAGUGGCGGCUGGACAACAAGAUGGCGCACAUGAAGGGUCGUGAUUGGUCGAUGGUUGCGGGGGAGGGUCGGACGGCGAAGAACCGAGAAGGGAUCGACUCGGCCCUGUCGAGUCUGAGCGAGCGACGCGAGCGUUGGAAGGGCCCAUUGGAGGCGCUCGAUGCGGCACGGCACGAGAAGCUCGCCUCGCUCGGCCUCGCUGGCCAGGAGCUCGACCACAAUGCCAGCGACAACCGCGGCCUCCUGUUCCUCGCCUCCUCCUCUUCCAACAUCUCCAUCCGCUGGCAACAGGGAAGAUACGUCGGCGGUGGCACCUUCGGCUCCGUCUAUCUUGCCGUCAACCUCGACACCGGCGACGUCAUGGCCGUCAAAGAGAUCAGACUGCAGGAUAUCACCACCGCUCCUAAACUCGUCGACCAGAUCAGAGACGAAAUGAAUAUCAUGUCCCUCCUCAGACACCCUAACAUCGUCGAAUAUUUCGGCAUCGAAGUCCAUCGAGAUAAGGUGUAUAUCUUCCAAGAGUUUUGUGAGGGUGGUACCCUCGCCGCUCUCCUCGAAAACGGAAAGGUCGAAGAAGAACUUAUCUGUCAGAUGUACGCCCAUCAAUUAUUAGAAGGUUUAAAUUAUCUUCACUCCAAUAAUGUCGUUCAUCGCGACAUCAAACCUGACAAUAUCUUGUUAGAUAAGGAAGGCAAGUUGAAGUAUGUCGACUUUGGCGCGGCGAAGAUCUUAGCGAAAGAGUCACGAACGCUAGCCUCGAAGCGAUCGAGACGGAACAGUUCGUGGAUUGGCAAGGGCGGAGUGGGCGGGGGCGACAACAACACGUCGAUCACCGGCGUCCAGAUGAACAGCUUGACCGGCACGCCCAUGUAUAUGAGUCCUGAGGUCAUCAAGGGCGAGGAGUUCGGCAGACCCGGGGCUAUGGAUAUCUGGAGCUUGGGAUGCGUCGUACUGGAAUGCGUGACCGGGAAAAGACCGUGGAGUAAUCUGGAUAACGAAUGGGCGAUCAUGUUUCACAUCGGUAUCGCCACCAAACAUCCACCGUUGCCGGAUCCGCAAGAGUUAUCGGAGCUAGGGAUCGACUUUAUCCGCAAGUCGUUGACGCUCGACCCGGUGACCCGGCCGACGACGCAACCACUGUCCACCUCAAAUAUCGUCAAUCAGCUCGACGCUGUCUCUCUUCAUGCACAGAAAACCGCGCUGGAUAGCUUGCCUGAGGUCGAGGAAACCGACGCUUGA